CUUUUUCUUCUUCUUAAAUAACACUUGUUCUUUUCAACGUGGAUUCGUUUGUGUUUCAAAUAUCUUUGUCAUCUUUCAUUUCUUUUGGUUUUUCCCUCUUCAUCUUUGUUUCUAUCUGUUAUGCAACCUAUAUUUCACAGCUCCAAGGAGGAUGUUGAUCGGAUCCUUCCUCCGAUAUCCACACUCGAUAAUUGUAUUGCGAAUCGACCAUAUUGGCCACCCUACUCGACGCCCAUGCCUCCUACACCUCCCGCUUUACCAGCAUUUCAACCUGAUCAAUGGUCAUCCACCGUAAAACCACAAUCCAUACCAUUACCCCCGCCAUCACAGCAACAGCAACAGCAGCAACAACAACGCCAUCAUAAACCGCCAUCAGACAGUCUUUUCAUAUUACCGCGAACGCCAUCCCUUGAUAACGGUCAUUCACCUGCAUCAUCCACGUCCACGUUAUUUUCACCGCCCGCCACAUCCUCCCCUUCCUACUCCACGCCUUCCCCAUCGAUUCAACGUACCAUUGAAAACGAUAUUGACGAGAUUAUUCAUGAAUGUCACGGAUUAAGUGAAAAUAUGACGCAUCAAAAACGAGCAUUAACACAACGAUAUCACGAAACGUUUCAUCACCAAGAUUUAAUGAGUCGACCGUGGUUGGAUGAUAUGGUCGGCAAAGCCAACAAAGUAUUGAAUGCAUUAUUGAGACUACGGAAAUAUCAACUCGCCGUGGAAGCCGCGCAGCGUCGUCAAGAUCACACCGAGGCUCGGUCGUCAGGAGAUAUGAGACAUAAACCACAGCGGCAGCACACAAAACGAACGUUCCAAGGACGAUGUCAUUCUUGCCAUAUCUCUGAAACGCCUGAAUGGCGACGUGGUCCCAACGGUGCACGUACCUUGUGCAAUGCCUGUGGUUUACAUUAUGCCAAAAUGGAGCGUAAAAAAGCGCUGGCGAAAAAGAAAAAGUACAAGCAACCAGCACAUGAUAGUCCUGAUAAUUCGGCCCAAGAAGAUAGUGAACACGAUUGGCCUUCUGUGACCGAACGCGAUAAGACGGAAACUUCGCCAGCGGGUUGAUUUUCACUGACUCCGGUUCCAGGCCUCUUUUUUUUCUUUUUUUUUUCAAAAAUGCUUUAUCUGGCAGUUUUUCCCCAAUUGGUCAAUACUCAGACAGGCAGAAAAUUCACGCCUUUUUCUU